GCGCCGCUUCGGGUUGCCAAGUGACCGAAAACAGUGAGCUCGAGGCACCGAUUUGCUGUACCAAACCUUGAUUUUCCGCUCCGAAGGGAAAACAACAGAAGGGAAAAGCGGCGCGGGGAAUGGUAGGGCGCGCUCUGGGUCACGUGACGCCAGAGGCCCGCCCCGAGCGACCUUCCCUGAGGCUACUGAGAGGCGGAGCAGAGCUGAACUGAGCCUGCGCGCCGUUGGCUUGUUCGCGAGCGAGCCUCGCCCACGCGCACAGAGCGGGCCGGCUGGGAAGGGAAACAAACUGUCAGUGUUUUUUUCUGAAGUAAUUAAUUUAGCCUUCAUGUGCUUCUGUACUUCCUGGAAGAAUGACAGAUGACAAAGAUGUCCUUAGAGAUGUGUGGUUUGGACGAAUACCAACAUGUUUUACAUUAUAUCACGAUGAGAUUACCGAAAGGGAAGCUGAACCUUAUUAUCUCCUUUUACCUCGAGUAAGCUACCUGACACUUGUAACGGACAAAGUGAAAAAACAUUUUCAGAAGGUGAUGAGGCAAGAGGAUAUUGUGGAAAUAUGGUUUGAAUAUGAAGGCACUCCGCUGAAAUGGCAUUACCCUAUUGGUUUGCUUUUUGACCUUCAUGCAUCAAAUACAGCCCUUCCAUGGAACAUCUCAGUACAUUUUAAGAACUUUCCAGAAAAAGAUCUUCUACAUUGCCCCUCUAAGGAUGUUAUUGAAGCCCAUUUCAUGGCUUGUAUAAAAGAAGCAGAUGCUUUGAAGCAUAAGAGUCAAGUUAUCAAUGAAAUGCAAAAAAAGGAUCAUAAGCAACUUUGGAUGGGAUUACAAAAUGACAAAUUUGACCAAUUUUGGGCCAUAAACCGGAAACUCAUGGAAUACCCUCCAGAAGAUAGUGGAUUUCGCUAUAUCCCAUUUAGAAUAUAUCAGGCAACAACUGAGCGACCUUUUAUACAGAAGCUGUUUCGUCCUGUUGCUGCAGAUGGACAGCUCCAUACACUAGGGGAUCUCCUAAAAGAAGUUUGCCCUGCUGCAAUUAAUCCUGAAGAUGGUGAAAAGAAGAAUCAAGUGGUGAUUCAUGGAAUAGAGCCAAUGUUGGAGACACCACUACAGUGGCUAAGCGAACAUAUGAGUUACCCUGAUAAUUUCCUUCACAUCAGCAUCCUCCCCCAGCCUGCAGAUUGAAGUGUGAGUUGGUAUGUGUGAGGAUCAAUCUUGGAUUGGAACUACAAAGUCAACUAAGUUCCGUCAGGCUUGGUGGGGACGCCCUGACCAGAAAACUUUGCUGCUGCAAGCCAAACAGGAAGGGAGAUCCAUCAUGAGAUAAGAGCAGUUGAGCUGGCUGUAUUUUGCAUCACCCAUGUUUUAUCCACUGCCAUCGUUAACUUCAACUAAGACAUGAGAGACUCUAUAAGGCUGCUCUGAGUCUUCUGUUUUCUUGUAAAAAUCUGAAGCUGGAAGCAUGGGAAAUGAGUGGAAAUAUGUGCCACUUUGUAUUUCUUAUUAAUCAAUAAACAGGGGUGUUUUCUAAAA